GGAGGCUACUUUGAAAAUUUACUACUGUCUACAACCAUAGCAACAAACGUUUCCUGCACCAAAUGUUUUGAUCAUUUGAGAAUAACAAAUAAUUGAACUAUCAUAAAGUGAAAUAUUUAUUACAACGAUGGAGAAUAUUCUUACUAGAUAUAGAAGGAACACAACAUUAACAAAUGAUGGACGUAAUGAAAUAAGAAUUAACAAUUCAGCAGGACGAUGUAUGCUAGAGAACUGGGUAGAAGAACGGGCAAACUUGGGCCGUGAUCCAGCUUUGGAUAGAGAAUACAAUAUGAAAGAGCGGGCAAUAUUUUUAAGAAGUGGACAUUCUGGUCUUUUAACAACUGAUGACAAGGCAAAAGCAGAAAACCUUACCACAGUUAGAGCCACAUACACCCCUCCAAAAGUUGAUAAAACAAGAACAGUUGGUGCUCGUAAAGAAAUGAUGGAACAAGCAUUAUCAAAGAUUGCUUGUGAAGAUAUGGUUCGGGAUAAGAAAGAGAAGGAAAUCAUAGAUAGAGGCGAGCCAAUGUGUUCAAUUUUUAUGCAAGACUACACCAAAGAUUUUCCACGCUUGGAGCCUGAACAGACCAAGGACCAUGAUUAUGUUAAUGAUCAACCAGUAACUUUUUGGUCUGAGCAUAAGGACAGAAUGCAUGGUAUGACCCAAACAAAAACAAGAGAUUCUGCAUUUAGACGGAAUGAUGCUUUCAGCAAACCUAUAGGUGAAUACUGGGAUGAGCCCAAGCCUACUGAAUUUGACAAAUAUCCAAUGAUGUAAUAUACAGAAUAGAUUUUUAGAAAAAAAUGGGAAAAUUUUUAUAUAUAUAUAACAGGGAAAAUUACAUUGUGUAUUAUAAUCACCAAGAAGUAAAUAUUAAUUCAUAAUAAGCCUCAUUGUUUAUUCUAUUUAAGGUUUUAGAAAAACUUAAAAAUAUUUUUUCUUUAAAUAGUAAUGUGGUUCAAAAUAAAUGCAUACAAUUGGUUUUUAUAUGGGAAGAUGUAUGAAUUUUUAAAUUAUUAUUUAUCAUGUGCUAUAUUGCUAUUUAUACUUAUUCUAAAUAAAGCCUGAAAAACAUUACCACCUAACAAACUUUUCU